AGUCUCCCUCAUUUUUUCCCUCAGUCUCCCUCAUUUUUUCCCUCGUCUCCCCAUUUUUUCCCUCAGUCUCCCCCAUUUUUUCCCUCAGUCUCCCCCAUUUUCCCUUCUAUUUCCCACAUUUUCAUCUCCCUUCAAUCUCCCUCAUUUUCUCUCAUCCCCUGCUCAGCCUCCCUCAUUUUUCCUUCACAGCUUCUGGGCUCUGCAAUAAGCGUCUGCAAAUCCAAUUAG